CCCGGACGUCAGGACGUGAUGAUCAUAUGACUUGUUGCAGUGUGUGGAUGGUUGUUGUUUCCUGUCGUCCGAGAUGUUGCUGGUUCUGUCUGAAGAACAUAAAGAACACCUGGCCUUCCUGCCCCAGGUCGAUGCUGCAGUGGUGGCAGAGUUUGGUCGGAUAGCGCUGGAGUUCCUGCGGAGAGGACCCAGCCCCAAGGUCUAUGAGGGCGCUGCCAGGAAGCUGGGGUUUCCCGUGGAGACGGUGCAGCACGGAGUUGAAGGCCUCAUGUUCCUGAUGACAGAGAGCUCCAAACUGAUGAUCUCAGAAGUGGACUUCCGGGACUCAGUGUUGGUUUUGGGUUUCAACGAAGAGCUCAAUGAUGUUCUCCUACAGCUCUACAUGCAGCACCGCAGUCAGAUCCGCAGCAUCCUGAGCCUGCUGCCCGCCCAGAUGCCCGCCUACCGCAACCUGGAAUGGAGGCUGGAUGUGCAGCUGGCGAGUCGAUCCCUACGGCAGCAGGUGGUUCCCAUGGUGACGAUGCGGUUGCUCCUGGCGAAAGGCGACGGCGUGCACGGCGAGCACAGCGCCCGGGUCGUCCAGACCGACCCCGCCACCCUCCUGCACCUCAUCUCCACGUUGGAGGCGUCCCUCGCCGCCAUGAAAACCAACCACGCUCGCCGCAUCCUGCGCAACAUCAAAUAGCCUCCCCCUCGCCCAAAUCAUGCCUCCACAUCCUCUUGUGCCAUGCUGAAUCUUUUCAUUCGGCCUGAUCUUUGGGUACGUCAGGCAGGGUUGGCUUCAUCAGAACGCUGGCAAAUUGGAUUCUCCCAAAAAUAAUGCACCUCCUAUAAAAUGUAUAGAGUUUGUACAGGACAGAGCUGUGGAACAUUCUGGUAGUUUCUGUCCAGCGGUGUGAAGAGACAGGAGGGCUCUGACUCCACAGCAUUAUAGCAUCUCUAUUUUAAUAUAUGAACUGAACACAGCUUUACUUACAUGGUGAUAAUGAGUGUGAGCUGGAGUUUGUCACGUUGAUCAGCCAGAUGAUGUGCUGUAGUAAUGCUGCAGGAGCACUGAACACCACACAGCAUGUUGCUGUACUGCAGUCUUCAUUGUAUCUGCACACACAGGCGUAGAAAUGGAGUUAAAUUCCAUUUCUGUGAGCACAGGACCAACUGAAACAUGAGCCGAAUUUUACUGCCUUUAAUACUAAUUUACCAUUUCAGCGCCUCCAUGACAACAUGUCUUAAUAUCACUGACAGCUCCUCGGGAGUUGCUCAGGUGUGUUACAGUAUUUCACAGUCAAUUUGACCUACUUCUCCAACUGAGAUUCAUGCCUGUAGAACAGUUAUGUCAAGACUCUUAUUUUGUAGGAGACCAAUUCCAUUGCAAAAAACAGCAGAAACCUCAAACACACCAACCAUUCCUUUUUCGCUGAAAUGUUUUCCUUACAGAAAGCCAGUCUACUAAAAUACUGUCAUCUGUAAUGUUUCUCAGUUUGGAGAGUUUUGUAUGUAUUUUUUUUUUUUUUUUUAACAAAGUCUAAUAUGUAUCAUAAAAUGUAGAGUUUGAUUAAGUUGAAAUGCUUGAUGUUUGGGUUAGGGUUAAAAUGUUUCCUGUUUUAAGAACAUGCCUAGAUCUUAGUGUGGAGAGAUGAGUUAAAUCAAGGAAAACUGUAAAAGAGAUGCUCUUGUUAUGUGAGCACGCAAACCGGGUAAAUGUCUCUCAUCCUGGUUCUCAGGCGGGGCAAUAUAACAAUUAUAUUGAUACCAAGGCUAGAUGUCAUCUGUGGUUUUGGAUAUUGUAAUAUCGUGAUAUGGCAUAAAUGUUGUCUUUUACUGGUUUUAACGGCUGCAUUACAGUGAAGGAGGGCAGUUUUCUGAAAUUAUCAGACUGCUCCAGCUGAUAUUUUUGUCUGGCUGCUUGGUCAUCAUAUUCACAUUACUAAUGACUAUUUCUCAGAAAUCUCUUGUGGUUAAAAUGUCUUGUCAAAAAACAGUCAUCCCUACAAUACUGUAUUGUCAUAAUAUCGAUACUGUAGUGUUUGGGCAAAAAUAUUGUGAUGUUGUUCUGUCCAUAUCGCCCAGCAUAUCAUCCCAGGCUAAAGAAAUUGAAAAGCUCCUGCAGUAAAUGUGCCAUUUUCAUGAAGAAAUAACAUGAAGAGGUUGCACUGAAUGGGGAUUAACAUUCAGAUCAACUUUUUGGAAUUUCCUUUGGAGAGGGGAUUCCAAGGCACUGUUAAAUAUAUGAAAAAGCACUUAUUUUGACAAAGUGUUUGUUAAAAAAAAAAAAAAAAAAAAAACGAACUGAAUAAAAAUACAUUAAAAACGUCAUGCUCAUAAUCUCAUAAUCUCCUUGCUCUUUUCAGGUUCCC